AUGAAAGGGGUACACUUCAGAGGAAUCAUUCUGCUAAGCUUGGUCUUGAGUGUUACGAUCAUACCAAUAAUGUGCGAAUUGUUGGAUGAUACAGAAAGACUUGAAGUGAUGGGCUUCUCCGACGGUGACCGAUUGCGUGCAAGGCUUCAAGAAGAUGACAAUGGGCCGGCGUCUGAAAGGCAUUCCUGCUCGUCAAGACCGUGUGAAGAUCAUGAUAGUUGCCUCCAUAGUGGAUGCGACCGGGGUUGUGAGGCUGGCACAUGUCGCGGGUGA